GCAAAAUUCGAAAAUCGACUACAUCGGAAAAGUGUUCAACCAUCCAACCGUACGCGCGCGGAAUCUGGAAAUGUCAUCCAUCCAGUCGUCCAUCCAUGUACUGUGCCGCUCUAUAUGUGGUCCCCUCCUGGCUUCUCCCUCCCUCCCUCCCUCUCGUGCCUGCUUCUUCUCAUAUGGACCGAAGAAGAAGUCAACCAACCAGUCGGAGAGAAAACAAGGGAAGUCGCUAAUCCCUGUAUUACUCUCCUUCUAUCCCUCUGCCCCUCCCUCUGUCGGCUUGUGCUUGGCCCCCACCUCCGCCUCGUCCUCUUGUUUCACGCGGCGCUUCUUGUUCUCAUCCUCUGGUUGCUGCUGCUCAGGCUUGCGUCUCUUCUCCUUCUUCAGCUCCUUACGCCUGUCCUUCCGCCGCUGGCGGGCGCCGAUCUCCAUGAUGCCCCGACCACUCAUCUUGACCACCAACGAGUCCUGCACAUGAUGUGCACACCCACAAUGAAUGGAUGAAUGGAUGGAUGGAUGGAUGUAUGCUGCUGUCGCCACAUAUGUCUGUCGUGCCUGCCUGUUGCAUGGCAUGCAUACCAAGGCGGUGUAGUGCGUGAUGUUGUUGUUCCGCCUGAUGUAGUUCUGCGGGGCCCCGCGCGCGUCGACCCCAUUGCACUGCCUGUAGUCCUCCGGGUACUCAAUCGCACCUUCCAUCCACCUGUACUCAUGCAAUAAACGCAUCAACACAGACAGCCAGGUAAGCAGACAGGCAGACAGGCAGCCAUCCAUCCCUUUGUGUGCGGUGUGGGGGGUGCGUGGGUGGUUGGUUCCCACCCUCCUCACCCUCUACAGUCGUCUAUGAGUCUCUCGAGGUCGGCCAGUCCGUCGGCCAAGUCCUGGCGCGUCACAACUUGACCCUUGCUGCUAGGCUCCACGUGAAUGGGGAUGAACAUCUCCUGCACGCACAGACACACAGACAGACAGACAGACAGACAGGCAGCACACAUUCGAGCAACGGCCACCCGCAUAUGCCCUUUGGUACGUCUGUGCGUGGUGUGGUACCCGUCGGAUGUUGCUCUCGUACUGGACCAGGACCGUCCAGCCGGCCGAAAACGCCGAAAAAGCCGCCGAAACCGAUGAACCCGAGAUCUUGAGUCUGAUGGAUGGCGCCACCGCCACACACACACGGUGCGCAGCCUCUAUCCAUAUGGUUACUUGGACAGGAGCUGAAAGCGAAACAUGGAGUUCUGGUCGGGGAUGAGCACGCCCUCGCUGGCGCCGCCCCUGCGCCACUGCACACACACACAUACACAUACACACACACAAUGUGUAUGCAUCGUGUGUGUGCAUCUGAUUGACGUCCACGAUGACCUGACCUUGAUGGCGUUGAACUGCGCUUUGAAGAACUCUUGCAGCACAUACAGGUGAAGCGCUUUGAUGCAGGCCGGCUCCUCACGAUACGCAUGGCCGCCCUUCUCGUGCGUGUGCUUGACCCAAACUGACCGCGCACACACACACAUCCUCGCCUCAGACACAGUAUGUUGCUUUGUGUGUGCUGGCUGCUUUACCUACCUUCAGGACCGAAGUCAUUGAUGUCGUCGCACUGGUCUGGCGGGGGGUCGAGGGGGUCCAGCUCGUCAUCGGCCGCUGGGAUCGCCUCACCGCCCUCACCACCUGCAAGCACACAGACAGACGAGAGAUGGGCUGCCUGCAUUCAUCCCACGCCCCUUUCCCACCCAUACCCAUUAGCCCGUCCGCAUCGUAGCUGUCACCCUCUACCUUGACCUUGACCCCAUCACACACCCCUCCACUCCCCAGAGCAGCACCAGCAUCACCACGGCCGAACACAGACGGCUCCCCCUCCAUCUGCACCCGGUCUUCCUGCGGCUCCUGCUUGACCACCACCGUCUGCAUCGGUGGCACCUCGCCCUCCUCCUCGGUCUUCAGGCACUUGACCACCCAAUCGCCCGAAGGGUUGGCGGGUGAGCCAGGCGGCACGAACCGGACGUUGAGAGGAGGUGAGAUGGGCGGACGGUGGUGGUCGUGGGCGUGUGCGUGCAUUCCAUUCGUGUCCAUCCGCACUGGUCACGUUGCAGCGCUCCAACUGAGGCCGCCGGGCGCUCCAAAUGAUGGAUGAAUCAGCCCAAAUUAUCCACAAAUAUGUGGGACUCUUUCCGCCCUCCUCGCGUGCGGAGAAGAAAGCUGCGUGAUGGGCAACAGCCCCUCC